AAUUACCUCCUGCCAAAAUAUGCCAACCUUGCUGGAAGCGCUCGAGGAGAAGUACGGCAUGGAGCCGGACGAGAAGGAGGAACACGUGGAGGAGGAAGUUCUGGUGUCCAUCUUUGUUCCCAAGCUACCCCCGAGACAAAGCACUCCACAACUACUUAUACUGAACGAUUGCAAUAUCGAUCGUGCCGGGGAGCCAGAAGAUUUGAAGAAAAAAUGUCGCAUCGUCAAAGAGCUCGAUUUGGCACAGAACAAGCUAAACAACUGGAAUGAGGUGUUCGUCAUCCUCUCACACAUGCCACGGGUAGAGUUUGUGAACCUCAGCCUUAACCAUCUGACCGGUCCGAUCCAGAAGCCACCCGUCACAAAGAUGGACCAUCUUCGAAAUCUGGUGCUAAACAACACCAAGCUCGAAUGGUGCAGUGUUGAGAAAUUGCUCCGCCUAUUGCCUGCUCUUGAAGAGUUACAUCUGAGCCUAAACGAGUACACGCAUGUACUGAUCGAUACAGUCAAUUCGUCUGCUAAAAGCGGCGAUGCAGGUGGUGAUGGUCCGGCAGCACCAGCAACCGAUGCUACCGGCAAUAAUAAUACCAAGGAUGAUACCACCACUGCCACUAGUCACACAUCGGAGGACACCAGCAUGUCCAGCUGCUCCUGUUCGUCGUCAUCCACGUCUGCCGAUCAACAAAAAUCGGCGGACACAACGCCCGUGGAACCUCCGCCAUUACAAACCGAUCCACACGGUGGCGUACGGAAGCUACACCUGACCGGGAACUACAUUUCCGAGUGGGGUGAAAUAUGCCGCAUUGGCCGUGUCUUUCCACAGCUGGAAGCGUUGGUGCUAGCAGACUGCCCAUUAAGAUCACUUAAACCAACAGAUCCGCAAGGCAACGAAAACGAGGAAAAAAGUCAUAAAUAUUUUCAAAAUCUAAAACUGCUAAACCUGAGCAACGCUAAAAUCGACUCAUGGGAAGAUAUCGAUCGGUUGGCAGAUUUCCCCGCCCUGUGCAAUGUCCGGCUGCAGUACUGGCCACUGUGGGCCCGAACCGACUCGACGACGGAGCACGAACGUCGGCAGCUCUUGAUUGCGCGGCUUCCAAACAUCAGUAUUCUAAACGGUGGCGAUACGAUCGGUGCCGUUGAGCGGGAGGACGCCGAACGAUCCUUCAUACGUCACUAUCUCGACAAGCCGGACGAGGAGAGACCACGCCGAUACUACGAGCUGAUUGGUGUGCAUGGACAGUUGGAUCCGCUUGUUAAUAUCGAUUUGCGGCCGGAAAGAAAGGUGAAGGUUCGCUUCACGUUCGAGGAUCAAGCGAUCGAGCGUACGGUGGAUGUGAAUAGAACGGUAAGUGAUUUAAAGUCACGGUUGGAAAGGAUAUUCGAUGUACCGGCCGCCCGGAUGCGGCUGUACUACGUCGAUCAGGACUUCCGCGAUCUACAGGGAUUGGAGGAGAUGAAGUACCCGCACAAGGUACUGUACAGCUACAACAUACGCUCCGGCGAUGAGAUCAUCAUUGAGCGGAAGGUGAAAAGUUGAUAG